AUGAAAGGAUAUGAAUUUUUAAGACUGAUAUAAGAGAUUGGAGUUAUACUUAAUUUAUCAACUCCAACAAUCAGUCAUGUGAUUACUAUUUAUAAAAGGUAUAAGAUAAUAAUAAUAAUAAUGAUUAGAUUCACAUUAAGUAAUAAAAGACAAUUUAAAAAAGAAAUGGUUAUUACAGCAUGUUUCUAUUUAGUAAGUAAGAUAGUUGAAGAUAUGAAAAGAAUUAGAGAUAUAUUAGUUAGUAAGUAAUUCAUAUUAAAAAGUAAGUAAUUUGUGUUGUUAAUAAAAUGUAUACAUUGGCAAAUUAAGAGAGAAAAUAGAAAUUAUAAGCUAAUAAUUAGGUUGAUUAUGAUGAAGAUCCUAUUAAAUAUUUAGGCAUAGAAUAAUAUGAGAAUUACAAUAUUGAAUAUUUUGAUAAAUUUGUACCAUUAUUUAAUAAUGAAUAAUAUGCAGAAUGGAAAAGAGAAGUAUUAGAAGCAGAAUAGCAUAUUUUAAGAAUAAUAAAUUAUGAUUUAAAAAAUGAGACAUUAGAUAGCUAUUAAUUAUUAUUGAAUUAUUUAAAGGUAUAUAUUAAUAAGUCUACUUUUUUUUUAGAUCUUUCAAUUUGAAUAAGGA